CAAUUAUGAAAUGCCGAAUAAAAUAAACUUCAAGGUUUUUUUUUAUUAUUAUUAUAUUAAUUAUUUUACAGGAACAAAUUUUUGCAUAGUGGUUUCCCGGCACUAGCUGGUACGCUUUCGCCGGAGAACGAAUUGUGUUUUCUUCAGGCUUGAAGAAAAAACCAAGGAAAGUCCAGAUUAAGACGUCGUUGCUUUGGCUCCAUUUCAAAACUCAGAGCUGUACUUUAGUUGGACGAUGGAUCAAGCCAAAUUGCUGGGCAAAGCUCUGGUCAGAAACUCCGAUAAUCCCCAACUCGCAUGGCUGCUCUUUAAGCGCACUCUCCUCGACGCCAACACUAGUGACCAUUUUUCCUCCCUUUCCCUCAUCGUCCCAAUCCUCAUUCGCGCCAAAAUGUUCCCCGAGAUUGACACUCUCCACCACCAUCUCCUCCGUACCCCGACGCCCACGCUUAAGCCUUUGUAUUCAAUUGUUAAUAUGUUGGCCAAGGCCGGUCAUGUUCACAAGGCCAUUUCUCAUUUUCAAGCGAUCCGAACUAGUUUCCCUAGUGCCCCGCCGUCAGUUACCUUGUACAAUUUGCUCGUCCAAAUCUCUCUUAAAGAAAACUGUCCCAACUUCGUAACUUGGCUGUAUAAAGACAUGAUCUUUUCCAAGGUGAAGCCCGAAACUUAUACUCUCAACCUUCUGAUAUCUGGGUUGUGUGAUUCCGGGCGGUUGGAGGAUGCCCGACAGUUGUUCGAUAGAAUGCGCGACAAGGGUUGUGAGCCCAAUGAGUUCAGUUUCGGACUCUUGGCACGUGGUUACUGUAGAUAUGGGCUUGCUUUUGAAGGUUUGGAGCUUCUGGAUUUAAUGAGGAACAUGGGUUUUGUCCCUAAUAUUGUAAUAUACAAUACAUUUAUUGCGAGCUUUUGUGAGGAGGGAAAAAAUGACGAGGCAGAGAGACUGGUGGAGUGGAUGAGAGAGGAUGGCCUUGCUCCAAAUGUUGUUACCUUUAACACAAGGAUUUCUGCUCUUUGUAAAUCUGGGAAGAUCUUGGAAGCUUCUAGAAUAUAUAGAGACAUGCAAAUGGAUGAGGAGCUGCCAGAGCCUAAUGUUGUGACAUGUAACUUGAUGCUGGAAGGAUUUUGCAGGGAGGGUAUGUUUGAAGAAGCAAACACUUUGGUACUGGCUAUGAAAAGAGAUAGUAUGUUCUCAACUGUGGAGAGUUAUAACAUAUGGUUGUUGGGUUUAGUGAGGAAUGGAAAACUUUUGGAGGCGCACACAGUCUUAACAGAUAUGGCCGACUUUGGAGUGCAGCCUAAUGCAUACUCGUAUAACAUUUUGAUUGAUGGAUUAUGCAAAAAUAACAUGCUGGUAGAUGCAAAGAAAGUUGUUAGGUUGAUGAGAAGUGCUGGAGUUUCACCAGAUGUGUUCACGUAUAGCACGCUGCUCCAAGAGUAUUGCAGGAAAGGAAAGAAAGUUGAGGCCAAUAAAAUCUUAAAUGAGAUGAUUAGAGAUCGAUGUUUCCCAAAUAUUUAUACAUGUAAUGUAUUACUCCACAGCCUGUGGAGAGAAGGCAAUAUAGCAGAGGCAGAGAGGUUAAUGCAAAAGAUGAACGAAAGAGGCCAAGGAUUGGAUACUGUUAGCUGCAAUAUUGUGGUUGAUGGUUUAUGUAGAAGUGGAAAGCUUGAUAAAGCAGUUGAAAUUGCAAGUGAAAUGUGGACUCAUGGAAGUGCUGCUCUUGGCAAUUUGGGGAACAUGUACAUUGGUCUGGUGGAUGAGAAUAGGAAGAGAUGCUUGCCUGACUUGAUUACAUAUUCGACAGUUAUAAAUGGGCUAUGCAAGGACGGACGCCUUGAGGAAGCAAAAAAGAAAUUUGUUGAGAUGCUGGGGAGAAACUUGUACCCUGAUUCAACUAUAUAUGAUAUCUUCUUAUACAACUUGUGUAAGAGGGGAAAGAUAUCAUCAGCCUUUCAGGUUCUUAAAGACAUGGAGAAGAAAGGUUGCAAUAAGACCUUACAGACUUACAAUAGUUUGAUAUAUGGAUUGGGCAGUACUAAUCAAAUUUUUGAAAUGAUUGGCGUGAUGGACGAGAUGAAAGACAGUGGUGUUUCUCCAAAUGUGUAUACUUACAGCAUUGUUCUUAAGUCUCUAUGUGAGGGAGAAAGAAGUGAAGAAGCAGCUUUUCUUUUCGAUGAUAUGUUACAAAGGGGUAUAACACCAAAUAUAUACUGCUUCAAGUUGUUAAUUAAAAUCUUCUGCAGGACUGGGGAGUUCAGACCAGCAAAGGAUGUGUUUGAGAUUGCCAUCAGUGUAUAUGGUCAUGAGGAAGUACUUUAUUGUUUAAUGUUCAACGAACUGGUUGCUGGAGGGGAAAUACUGGAAGCUAAGCAAUUGUUUGAAGCUGCACUGGACAGAUGUUUUGAUUUGAGCAGUUUUUGUUACAAAGAUCUCAUUAACAAACUAUGCGGUGAAGAAAAUUUUGAUGACGCUCGUGAUAUCCUUAAGAAGUUGAUUUUGAGAGGUUGUAAAUUUGAUCCCGCUGUAUUCAUGCCCGUGAUUGAUUAUUUGGGUACAAGGGGAAACAAACAUGAGAUGAAUGAACUGACAGAACGAAUGCUGGCGCUGAGUUCAGAUAUUCAGACAGAAUAUAAGGUUCAUGGAGAUGACAAAAAGUUAGGCAAUAAUGGCAGACAAAACAAAGAUGGUGGCAGUGAUUGGCGAACCAUUCUGCACAGAGAUGAUGGGAGUGCCAUAGCCAUGAAAACUCUGAAGCGAGUGCAGAAAGGAUGGGGUCAGGGUAAUUUAUCAUUUGAAGACCAGAAAAAACACUUUCUCGAUGACUGGGAUACUAUUGUUUGAGCUUCUUAACUGCUCCAAGUCUGUGUUCUCAGUAAUAGACUGAAAAUUGGCUUCUGGUUGGUUUCUUUCAUAUGGGAAGGACCAAUGUUUUGGGCCAGAAGAGAGCUGGGCCCAGGGUUGUUGAGCUUUGUAUAUGCAAUGUAGAAAAACCCAAUUUGGUUCCUGCAGUCCAGGCAGAGAGCAGUUAUGGAGAUAUGAGAUAGUGCAAACAAACGAUAAUCAUCAUUGGAUUGAGGCAGCAAAGUGCAGUGGUAACCAUGAGUAGUGACUUGGUUUUAACAUUCCUCACCCAAUGAUUUAUAUGUGGGGUAGGUUAAAUAUCUCUAUAGCUGCACCAGAUUAUUGUGACUAGCAUUGAAAGAGACGAUCAUUGUCAGACUCUUGCAGGACCUGUGUAUUUGUGUAUGUCUAUACACUCUUCCAGAUCAGCAUCACAAGUCAAGAGCACCCACUCUAGGUCAUCUAAAUACUUCAGAUCAAUUCUAGCACUGUUGUCCACGUUAAAGCGCCUCAGUACCUCCUGCAGCAGUCGUUGGAAACUCCAGUGCGGCUGCAUGCUGAAGCGUAUCUUCUCUUCCCCAAAAGCAGCUUUCACUUUGAAACCACCCGACACAUCAGUCGUAUCCACAUUGUGGUCAUCUGUACUGAAAAUAGCCUUGUGGCUGCCAGACGAAGAAGGUGAUUUCAAACGACUUUGCAAAUUGGUUGUGUUAGCUGCAGGGAGCUGAGUGCUCAUCUGAUGAUCAGUCUUCUUUUCUGAGUUUAUUGGUAACUGGCUGCUGCUUGCUGAAACAUUUGGGGAGACGAGUUCUGGGAAGAUAUUGUAGAAAGAAGUGAGCUGAAUAGAUCUACGAGCUGAAGCUUCAGAAAUCGUCUUGAUUAUGAAAUCGUCUCCUUUUUGACAUGUACAAUAUGAUCACUCAAGAAUAUCAUCACUGGGCAUGAUAAUAUCAUCACUCAAGAAUAAGAAAUCGUCUCCUUUUUGUCAUGUACUUUUGAGAAAAUAAAUUAUCAGAUUCAUUGCUAG